AUGGCGGACACCAGUGAUUUUUGGCGAACACUAAAUAAGAUCUUUUGCCGGCACGCGCUAGAGCCAUCUAUCGGGAGAGCUCGGCUCGAAACGAAAAUAACCAAUAGCAUUGCUCGUUUCGAAAGAACCGUGGCGCAGAGUCGCAGACAUUUUUAUCUUUCGAAAGUUACACAGAUGUGCGGUUUUGUCAGCAGAUACGUAUGGAAUAAGUGUAUUUUGCCCUUACUGUUACUUUGUGCUGUGGAGUUGUCCGUCACCGCUGAUGAGUUUCAGAAGUGGAAGGAGGAAACUGAGCAGACAACGCUCUCAAAGUUCGUCAAACGUCGUGGUUCCCAUGCUAAGGUUGAUUCAGAAGUUGUUUCUUAUAUUUGUCACCGGUCUGGUAAGUUUGUGUCUAGAGGAAAAAACUUGCGAUGUCUUAAAUUGCAAGGUAGUAGUAAGAUUGAUGCAAUGUGCCCUGCUAAGAUGAGAGUAGAUAUGAAAAAGAAUGGAACCUGCUGUGUGAAAUAUGUUUCAACCCAUGUUGGCCACAAAUCCGAGUUAUGUCAUCUGCAACUAACAAAGAGAGAAAGGGAAAGUAUUGCUGCAGAUAUAGCAAGUGGCAUACCAUUCUCUGUCAUAUUAGACAAAAUUCGAGAUACAGUUGUAGAUUCUAACUUGGAAAGGAUACAUUUGAUUACGAGACAGGAUCUAUAUAAUAUUGAUCAGUCUUAUAAUUUGUCCUUCAAGUCAAUAAGACACCAUAAUGAUGCAAUAAGUGUAGAAGCAUGGGUAAAUGAAGUAAAUGGUGGAGACAGUCCUUGUGUGCUUUUCUAUAAACCACAGGAUGUAGUCCUUGAUUCGUACCCACAAUUAAAGCGCUCUGAUUUUGCAUUGAUAAUUAUGAACAAUGCUCAAGGCGAGAUAUUAAAGACAUAUGGGAACGACUGCGUUUGUGUUGAUGGGACACAUGGUCUUAAUGGAUAUAAUUUUGAACUUAUAACUCUACUAGUGCUAGACGAUCUGAGACAAGGGUUUCCAUGCGCGUUUCUAAUAUCUAACAGGAAUGACUCCCAGAUGCUGUCCAUAUUUUUCCAGCACAUAAAGAGGCAGGUUGGAUCAAUUUCGCCAAAUGUUUUUAUGUCGGAUUUGGCCGAGUCUUUCUUUAUUGCAUGGAAUGAUGUCAUGGUAGCUCCAUCUAUGGGACUUUAUUGUACAUGGCAUGUUGAUAGACUUCUCCCAUGA